AGUCGCAGCAGAAGAUAAAAAGCGGCAAGAGAACAAACUGACUUCUGACAGUUUACAUUCGCCAACGCUCUCGCUUUGUACUGUAUUCGGUUUUUUUAGCUUGAAGUGGGAGCAACAAUUUGUGGGGCGCUCAUCGACAGAUAUCGGCAAAUUGUUUUCACUUAUUGUUUUUGCACAACAAAAAGAGUUAAUGAAUUCAAUAGCACAGCAUAAAGAUACAAAAUUUAAUAGCUACAAUUGUGUGCAAUUCUCGAUAUAAAUCACUGAGUUCACUGUAAAAGACGCCGACUUGGUGAUUUCCCAAAGCUGCACUUGCUUCUGAAGCCUAUUAGCGCUUAGAACGUGGCAUUUUCUAUAGAAAUUGAGCGAAGUAAACAUUAAGUGGAAGUUGUGAUCUGGCUUUCGUGUGUAUUUUCCUGGAUAAGAAAAGUAUAAGAGUGUUCAACAGCGCAUUUAAUUAAUACUGAAUACCGACAUUAAAAAGCAAAGUUUAAAUCAGUACCAUAUUUUGUUGGACUACGUUUUGGAAAGCAUAAAGUUGUGGCCAACUACGAGGCGAGAAAAUGAUACCUGGCUAUGGCCCAGUGAUGCAAGCCCUUUUGGGCACACUUUUUACAUGGGGAUUAACAGCUGCAGGUGCAGCGUGUGUAAUAUUUGUGCGAGGCAAUCAACGCAAAUCGCUUGACGCGGCACUGGGAUUUGCUGCUGGUGUGAUGAUUGCUGCUUCAUUUUGGUCACUGCUAAAUCCUGCCAUAGAAAUGGCUGAAAUUUCACACCUCUAUGGUGUUUACGCGUUUAUGCCAGUUUCAGGCGGUUUCCUUUUGGGCGCCAUAUUUGUAUAUGGCUGCGACCGUCUGAUGUCCUAUCUUGGACUCAACAGCACAAAUAUGAUGAUAUCAAUGACCCAAACGAAUAAGGAUAAGGCGGAUAUCGCUAUUGAUGACAUACGUAAUAGUCAAGGCGUUUUGGAUCGUACAGUUACUAAGAGUAUGGACAGCUUUUCUGAUUGCUUAAGCACACAACACGGUAACGUUGAGCCUCGACGUCGUAAGAAGAAUAGUGCAGCCGAAGUGGAAGCCCAACGUACCUACAUAACUGAUAGUCAACGCAAUUUAGAAAAUGCCGUGGCACAGUGGAAGCGCAUUAUGUUGCUGGUCGUUGCCAUAACUGUACACAAUAUUCCCGAAGGACUGGCAGUCGGUGUGAGUUUCGGCGCUAUUGGCAGUACUGAAUCCUCCACAUUUGAAGCUGCACGUAAUUUGGCAAUUGGAAUUGGCAUUCAAAAUUUUCCGGAAGGUCUAGCGGUAAGCUUGCCAUUGCAUGCGGCUGGGUUUAGUGUGACACGCGCUUUAUGGUAUGGCCAACUCUCUGGCAUGGUAGAACCUAUUUUCGGUAUCUUAGGUGCAGUGGCUGUGACUUUUGCGAAUCUUAUUUUACCAUAUGCACUGUCAUUUGCUGCAGGCGCCAUGAUAUAUAUCGUUGCGGACGACAUAUUACCCGAGGCACAUGCGAGUGGUAAUGGCACAAUCGCUACGUGGGGCACGGUAGCUGGAUUCCUCAUAAUGAUGUGUCUCGAAGUAACCCUUUCCUGAUGUUACUAUCACUGCCAUUAUUAUUAUUGUUAUAUAAUUAAGAACCAAGUACAAUUGUUGCCAAUGCAAGGCAACAACAAUCACUUGACCAGUCACUUAAAUGCUGUACAGAAGACAUUCUAUUUUUUUAAGUGACUAAAAUGCAAAAAAAAAAAAACUAUUUACCAAUUUAAGAGUGUGUGUGUACCCUACGGUAAUUGUGUAUACAAAUUAUGUGUAUAAAAUGUUAAAUUCGUUGGAUUGUAGAUGUACAUUCACAUUUUUAUACGCUUAUAUACAUAGUUAAACACAUGUAUAGUACGGCUGGCCCAACUACUUAAAUGUGAAAAUUGCGAUUAGUUUUUUUUAUAUUUUGCAUGUCAUUUAAGCAUACGUUCCGUAUAAAGAAUAUAAACCAACGCUUUUAUACUCUUAACAUUUAAAAAAAAAAAAACGUCAAAAGACAACCAUUAAGUAUUACCUGUGUACAUAUUAAAAAGAAACGGAAAUAUUUGUUAACUCCCGAUUUUAGGAAUCUCUUUGCAUGUAUUGCGGUUAUAUUCCUGCUUAAGUGUAAUUUAAUAGCAGCGUAAAGCUUAAUUAGCAUUAUAAGUUGUUUUAUGUCUGAAUGAAAAAAAAAAAUAAUAAUUUCAUUAAACAAUAAAAACCUAUUCAACUUAA